AUCCUAAAAUUAUUGUUGCAAUUACGAAGUGGUGCUGGUCCAUCACCAUGUAUGAAAUCCGCUUGACAGCAGUUGCUAUAAAGCACAGUUUACACUACGACACUGUGAAAUACACGCUCGCAACCGUUACAUUUCCAAACAAAACACUAUUUAAUUGCUUUUGUUGAAGGUUUUCGCUGAUUUUGUUUAAAAUUAGUUAGGAAAACCUAUCCAAAAUGCUUUAAUCCCGAAGGCACGUGAGAAGUAGAUGGUCUAGUUUCAGCAAGCAAAAACUGUUGAUGAUUAUUUCAUAAUCACCACGUGGUACAUUGACCGUUAAUUCGCUGGAGGUACACAAUACAAACAUGCACUAUUAAUAAAAGAACAAUUGUAGUUUAUUGUUUCCCACUGACCGAGUAUUUCAAGUUCAUUCCUCCAAAAAGAACACAGUUUAGCAUAUUUAGUAGGCGUAGUUAUGGUAUGACACUAGUCGUUCGUUGCCACGAGCGGAAUCCAACGGUCAAAAAGCAACAUAUCCCAUUUCCCCGCACCAACAAUGAGUAAAGGAACAAACUUUCGGCGUGCUGCUAUCAGUAGCGUUUACGCCAUUUCGCUUACCCCGGAGAAGAAAAGGUUGCUGAUGCAGUCGAUGUACGCCGAGGCUCACCAGAGUGCGGGACCGUUGUGUGAGGAGCAGGUAAGGGAGCUUUGCAUCCGGCUCAAUCAGUGCUACGAGGUGCGUUACGAAUCAAUUGCCUGUGCAAUGGAAAUCAUACUAAAGCUGCUAGGAGACCGUGUAGCUACAGGAGAGGUGCUAGGAUCGUACCGUAAGCUUUUGUCCUACGUUUCAAGCGUGCUGGACAGGGAGAACUGUGCCAAACUGGCAAACUACAUGAGCAGAAUUUCUUCCAUGGUGCUAGAAAUCGGCGCCAAUGGCGGCAGUUCAUUCCCAGUCCAGGUGAUGAAGUGUAUCUUGGUGCUAAUGUACCGCUGCCCGAUCGUAAGCAUUCCGGACCGUAAAACCAUUCUGCAAGCGGUACGCUCCCUGCUGGAAUGGUGUAAAACCAACCCGACCCUCUACGGUCAGUGUGGCAUCAGUUCGCUCGUGCGUACUGCCAUCGGCUCCACGAAAGCGCUGCAGGAUGAUGUUACCAUAGCAACCGAGCUGACCGUUCUGGCCCACCAUCUGCUGGACGUUUUCCUCAGCCCACAGUCCACCGCCGUACAUCCUGUGGAGGUUCUGUUGCGGCUGGCGUACGAGCAAAUAUUCGUCCGCCUGGUGACGGAACGGUGCGAUGUGCGGUGCUUUGAGCUGCUCCUGUUUGUGCUGUACAAUUUACUCAAGCGCGAUAUCUACCUGCACCUGAAGCUCGGCAUUGUGCGCACGCUGGCCGACGCCGCCGGGGGUGGUACGCGCCGGCUCGUACGCUUGCUGUGCGCAGCCGAACACUUGCGCAAUGAGGUGUUGCUUCGGAAGACCAAAACCGUCCUUACGUUGGUGCUAGCGCACAGCCUGUUUCGCUACGAGCCGGUAAAACGGGCGCGUCAUUUUAAAGCAUUCCUGGCGCUGAUCGAAACAAUGAUUAACGCCAUCGAUUUGGACAUGCUGGCGAAGGCUAGAUUUCUCUGUCUGAGCAUUCCGCGCGCGCGACUCAGCAUCGAAAGCAUUUGCUUCGUGUUUGCGGUACGCCAUCUCGAUAUACUCGAGGGUGGGGCGGGCAGCGGCUGCAAUGUGGAGCUGGAUUACGUCUACAAUCUGAUCGCAUCGGUCAACAUCAUCUACUACAAGCGGUGGAAGUUUCCCAGCUUUCUGGUGAAGCACGUCAUCGAUGGUCUUUCGCGCUUUUCCAACACCCGCACGUUUGAAAGGAACGUUACCGAGCCGCACAAAAAACUGCACGCCAUCUUGGCCGGUGCGGCCGCGCACGUGUACGACGGCAAGCGAGCGCAAGCGAUUUUCGGCCGCCUGCCAGCGACGCUACACCGCAUACAGUGGCUGCAGCUGCAGCCGGAUGACUUUGGCGCUCAGCUCAUCUUUCACCAGCAGCUGGCCAUCCUGCAGGAACGUUCCGUGCUGACCAGCGACGAAACGCGAACCAGCCUACUGGUGGCCAUGUUCGACACGCAAACACUGGUGCGCGUACUUUCGAUGAAGAAAGUCACCCCAACGGCUCGAUUAAACGCUUCCGUGCUGCUUUCGAAACGAAAGCUUACCGGCCAGCACCUGCACGUGGCACUGAGACGCAUUGGUUCGUCGUGUACUGGGGCGCAAGGUGUGCCCGACUGUUGGACGCACUGGGUACGGGCAGUGUACGGUACCGUGCCCGUGCUCGAUAGUGCGACGCGACGUCAGCUUUGGUCCCGACUUGCCACGGUCGAGGCAGCGGUGUGUACUAGCGAGCAGCGAUUGCUUCUCGUCGAUAUGCGUGCCAGCCUGCUGGUUGCUAUGAUACCCGAAACGAACCGCGCACUGGCAGAAGAUGGCCAAGCAUCGCGUCUAGAAGGCGGCGUUGCUGCACCGUCCGCGCUCGGUCGGUAAUCAUGCGUGCCGGGAUCUUGGUGUACGCAAAUGAUAACAAACAGAGAUAAUAAUGAGCAGAGAGAACGAUCGCGCACAUAUGAGUAUAGUUUUUGCUUGUUUAUUUAUACUGCCUUGUUUUGUUUUUGCUGUAUUGUGUCUGUUUGUGGGGAGUUUUUUUACGUUUAAAUAAUGAAAUGAGAGACCGAUGUCGGGACGCUGCUCGUUACAUGCGUUCGUUAUUCUCCACAAACACACGCAAUUUAAUUAUCAUUAGCAGCAAGGAUUGCUGCGAAUGAUCGCGCAUAGAACGACAUCAAGGUGCAAAGAGAGAGCGAUCUCACACGAGAUCGCUUUACGCGUGCGUUUAAUCUUUUUCUCGCUUUCAAGGAAAAAGGUCAGGAUUAUAACCGCAUGGUUUUGUCUUCUCUUUCGUUCUGCAUUAUGUUUCUGUGUAAAUGGUGUUAAAUUUUGUCCGUUAAUUUACAAAACUUAAAUCUAAACGCCUGCCAAUUCAUUAUUCCUUCUAUUUUAUCUAGCAAUUCACGUC